AUUGAUGAUGAUGAUGAUAAUGAUGAUGAUCAUAUGAUGAAAUCAUCUUCAAUAGAUGAUGAUAUGGAUGAAGAUAUGAAUGAAGAAGAUGAAGAUGGUAUGGAAAAUGGCUUACAAGCAUUAGGCCUAAUGGGCAAUGUUGCAUACAUGAAUGAUGAUUCAUUUAAAUGUCCUGUUUGUGGUUUGAAAUUGGAUUCACAGCAUACGUUCACAUUACAUAUUCGUUCACAUAAUCCAAAUGAUCAUUCGAAUACAUGUAGUCUUUGUGGUAAAACACUUAGUUCAGCCAGUAGUCUCGAUCGUCAUAUGUUAAUACAUUCGGGUGAGAGGCCAUUCAAAUGUAGCCUUUGUGGUAUGGCAUUCACCACCAAUGGUAAUAUGCAUCGUCAUAUGCGUACACAUGGCCAUGGAUCCAUUGGUUAUACGCCACGUGGCCAAAAACGACGAGCUAAAUUAUUGACACAAGCAUUGGAAAAGGCGGUAGCAGCAGCUGCUGCCGGUGAAGAAGUUGAUUAUGGAGCGAUAAAUAAACUUAAAAAAUCGAUACUCGAAUCUAAAGUGACCGUACCGACAACAACGGGUGGUAAACGACAAUCCAAAAAUCAACAACAACAAUCGGCAGCGACAACAUUUUCCGAACAAUUACUAUCAUCGUUGGCACCAAACGUAUCGAUUGAAGCAGCAGCUGCUGCUGCUGUUGCCGCUGCACAUAAUGCGGCUGGAUCGGAAAAUGGUGAUAGUAUCCUAUCACAUCUAAGUGCAGCUGCAGCGGCAGCAGCCAAUUCUCAACAUCAAAGUGGAAGUGGCCGUAAACAUCGACAUCGAAAUAGCCAUUCUACAAUGACUACUAGUCACCAUCAAGCUGCUAUAACCCCGACAACAUCAAAAUCUAAUGAUAAAACUGUGGCAAAAGAAUCAACAUCCACAACUACUACUUCAACUUCAAAUCUGCCAUUGAAUUUGGCCAAUAAUUCAAUAGUAUCUUGGCCAACAAAUCAACAUUCAACAAUGAAUCCAACAUCUACACCACCGACAACCAUACCGGAAAAGGGUCGACCAGGUCGUAAGAAAAAACAACGUCUUUCUGAUCCUGUUAGCAUGAAUAGAAUGAUGAAUCAUCAUGCUCAUCACCCAUCAUCAUUACCAUUAUCAUUACAGCCAUCAUCAACACCUGCAACUCAAGUACAAAUUCCACAACAGCCAUCAACACCGACCAUAGCACCUCCACCAACACUACCACCAACCAAUCAUUUAUCACCAUUUGGACCGUUAAAAGAUCGAUGUCCAAUCUGUGCUCAUCCUAUACGUACGAUGCCUGAAUUACAUUUACAUAUGAUGGCAUAUCAUAUGCAGGAACGAUUAUUCUGUAAUGAUUGUGGUAUGAUAUUGGACAAUUAUGAUACGUAUACACAUCAUCGAUGUACAGCAUCGGCAGCAACAGUCAUGUCAGCAUUAAGACAGAAUCCAAAUCUUCAAUCAGAUCUAUUAUUCUGUUCAAGUAAUACAUCACGUAUGAAUUUUUCAUCCGCACGAACAUAUGCUGCAAAUCUAGAAUUAUUACGUGCCGGUUUAACAGCAGCUGCCGUAACAAAUGGUGGUGGUGGUCAACAACAUUUACAAGCAGCCGCCGCUGCUCAAGUAAUGCUACAAGCAGCUCAAUUAGCACAGCAACAACAAAAUUCUUCACAACAACAACAACAACAGCAACAGCAACCACCACAGCCAUCGCAAUCAAGAAAAUCAAACAAUUUACAACAAGCAACAGUUAAUUGUAGUCAAUGUACUAGAAAAUUUUUCACAAGUAAAGAAUUAAAACAUCAUCAUGAUACAUAUUGUCAUCAAUGUCAAUUAGAUUGUGAUUCAAUAUCAACGUAUCAAUUACAUCAAUUUUCACAUUCAUUCGAAAAGCUCAGUCAAUCACAACUACAUUCAUCACAUGCUGAUAAAAUGCAAUUAUUGAAAAAUGCAGCCAUAUCUGCAUUUCCGUUUCAAUUAUCAUCACCAACCGCAUCAUCACCAUCAUUGGUUACGAAUCCAUCAUCAUCAUCAUCAUCAUCGUUGAUCUCAUCAGCAUCGGCGUUAUCUCAUCAUGAUCAUCAUUCACUAAUUCAACCACCACCACCACCAACACUACCAUCAUCAUCAUCUAUUUCAUUGACAAAAGCCACAUCUAUUCCGACAAUACCACAACAUUCGACAUCAUCGUCGAUUGCAUCGCUUACAUCAAUGGCCAAUAUGAAACCUGAUCUAGCCGAUAUCGAAUCGAUUCUAUCGAUUGUACAUGCAACAAAUGCUAUGAAAAAUGCUAAUCAUUCAUCAUCAUCAUCAACAUCAACAACAACGGCUGCAACUAAUAAUUCAAUAAAUAAUAAUGAUAAUAAUAAUAAACAGUCAAUGAAUGGUACACAGCUACGUUCACCAAUAUCACCAAAUCGUGCAAGCGAUGCCGGUGAUUACCGUGGUGCUACACAGAUGAAACGACAUUCCCAGAUGAAUGGUGGUGAGGCUACAAAUCAACCGGAUUCACCAGCAUCAGCCGAUUCAGCUGCCGGUGCUGUUGCCGCAUCAAAUUUACCGGGUAGUUGUCAAACAACAACAAUGAAUAUGACCGUUGAACAUCAACAUCAUAAUCAUCAUCAUCGACAUAGUACAAAAACUGAUCUCAAUACCAAUACAAAUGGUACGUCGACAGCAACAGCAAUGGCUUUAUGUCUGACCAAAUCAAAUAAUAACGCAACAAAAAAUAUUGCUCAUAAUGAUAAAAUUAUAUCGCCUAAAUCAAAAGAAUCAUCAUCAAAAUCAUCGAUGGUCAAAUCAAUUAAAUCUGAAUCUCAACAAAAACACUCAUCACAAAUGAAUGAUAGCAAAACCGGAAAUGUUCCCACCACUAUCAAUCAAAGUGGUAAUAAUCAAAUAAAACCACCACGUUUCCGUUGUGAAUCAUGUCGUUUAUCAUUUAAAUCCCUGAACGCAUUACGACGUCAUAAUCGUGGCCAUACAGCCGAAGGUGGUCAUUCACAUGCAUGUCAUCUAUGUCCAUAUAAAUCAUUGGAUAAAAGUACAUUGAUACGUCACCUACGAACACAUAAUGGUGAACGACCAUUUCAAUGUGCCAUUUGUAAAUAUGCAUUCACAACUAAAGCUAAUUGUGAACGACAUAUACGUAAACGUCAUCGAAAUUUGAAAUCAAAAUCCGAAAUUCGUAAUGCAAUGCAAUAUAAUAUUGAUAUGGCAUCGACUGCAGCGGCAACAAGACUUGUAAGUGAAAAAAUAUUCAUCGAACGUGAUCAAUUACCUACGUCACAGGAUACUGUAUGUAAAAAAUGUGAUGAAGAUUUCGGUACGAAUCGCGAAUUGCGUGCACAUUUACGGCAACCAAAUAAUCCUUGUUCACAACAAUUAAAACCAUUCGUAUGCACUAUCUGUAAUAUUGGUUUCAAUACACGAAAUAAUUGUGUACGACAUAUUAUUAAACAACAUCCGACUACGGUCGAAAUCGGUCACGAUGAUGAUGAGGGUACAACAAAAAUAAUAGAUGCCGAAGCAUUGAUGAUUGAAACGGGUUCCAGUUCAAGCUUAAGUCCAUCACCACGAAGACAAUCAACAAAAUUAUCAUCAAAACGAAAUGACAAUAAUCAUCAUCACCGUCAUAAUCGUCAUAGAUCAUCAUUUUCAUCCACAUUAUCAUCAGGUGAAUCGUCUGAAUGUGAAUCAUUUGCUGCUAUACAUUCAUUUGAUAAUGGUGGCCAUAAUGGUAGUUCAAAUGGAAAACGACAAAAUGGUAAAAAUCUAAAAAUUUAGCUGCCGCCACAUUUUGUACGGUUGUUGAUGAAAAUAAUGAUAAUAAACAAAAACAACAGCCACCAUCACCAUUGAAUUUAUCGAAAAAAUCAUCAUC